ACGUACAUACAUGGAAAAAAAUGAUUAAAUACAAAUGUUGGAUUAUUAUAUUAAUAACAUUAAACACAAUCUUAGAAAUUUUGGCCUCAACCCAUUGGAUUGUCACCGAAAAUGGUCGUAUACAAUCUCAACUCGAUUCGCCGUUUCAUAUGAGAAAACCAUACGAUAUAUUAGCUUUUCUAGAGCAAGAUAUUCGAAGAGAUCAAAUUGAUACAUUAUAUCAAAAUUUAGUAAAACGUAAAUACUACAUUGAUGAAAAAUGGUCGGGAUUAGAAGGGGCCACCGAUAUUGAAAGUCGUUUAUAUAGCCAAGAUAGCGAUUGCUUAAAAGCUGGCAAAUUAUUAAGUGAAAUUGAUUUGUACACGAGCAUUGCAGUGGAUGGAAGUGAUCGUGAUGGUAUUAAUUUAGCUGAAUACAUGAAAGAUGAGGUAUUAUCGGAUGCAUCACUUGUACCAGAUUGCCAGAAAUAUGUGAAAUUAGAUUACUCAAUGUUCACAUUUGAACAUCUAACGGCAAUGGUGAAUCGUGUUAAUUUAACAAUGUCACCUGAGCAUGCUUUAAUACAAUGGUUGAAACCUGGUUCGACUGUGUCUACUUUUGGACAUGCAGUUGCUUUAGGAUUGUUUAAGAAUCAAACAUCUUGGUUACAUUAUAAUUUAGGGGCAAUAUAUUGGCGUAUUCGAGGCGAUGCAUAUCGUGCUGUUGAAUGUGGAAGACGUGCUGUUUAUUUUGCACCAAGAGAAUUUCGUGAUGUUGCUUUAUUAAAUUUGGCAAGUAUUUUUCAUCAAGCUCGACAUCCUGGUGAAGCAGCGAUUAUAUUACAUGCCGCAGUUGAUCAUGCACCACAGCAACCAGUAAAUCAUUUUGCUCUAGGAAAUGUAUACGCUAUACUAUCAGAUUACAAUAGAUCGAUAGCAUGUUAUGAUAAUUGUUUAAAAUUACGUCCAACAUUAGGACAAGCUAGUACUAGUAAACAUGCAGUGCUAUGUCAUAAAAAAUUAGAAACUGGCUUAGUUGAACUUCAUGAAGUUUUACAAGGCAUUCUAACUGAGCUUCAUGAUUAUCAUACACAAAAGGAGCAAUGGCUGAAAUUACAAGAUAAACUUAUAAAUGAACAAGCACCACUUGAAGCUAAAUUAUUAAGUAUAGCACCAGAAACGUUUAGUGCAGUUCUAGCAAAUCGAGGUCAGACUUGUAGUGAACGUGGUGAAAAUUCUAAAUUAAGUUGUGAAGUAAAUACAGAUAGUCAAAUGCUAGCAAAAAAUUUACAAAUGGAUAUCACAUUAAGUUUACAAAUUUUAUUGCGAAAUGUUGAAAUUCAAGCACAAAAAAUUAGUGAACAAAUGGUAAAAAAUUCAAAGUUUUUUGGUUCACCAUCUUCGUCGCCGAAUCUUGCGUUAAAAAGUACACAACCUGUAAAUAAAAUUGAUAAAAUCGAUGAAAAAUUUGUGAUGGAUGACAAAGAAGGAAUUGAUGACACGGCAGGUUACACGCAUGUUACACCAACGGAACAACCUCGAUAUCCUUCAACGCUGGUUUUAUCAUGGGAUAAUAAGGAUGAAUUUGAUUUAUUAAAUUGGCCAACGAAAGAAUUAUGCCAAAAAUGGAAAAACAUUAAUAUUAAUCGUUUAAAAAAAGCUGAGGUUGUCUUACCACCUGAAAAUAAAGGGUUUGAUAUAUCAUCCUUACUAUCAACGCAUAUCGAUUUACCAUUAGAUGCAGAACAUCCGUUACCUUGGUAUCCACCAAUUUGUGUGAUCGACGAAAAAUUGGAAAAACAAAUUGAUAUGUCUUAUUUUCCACCAGCGCUUAUGAAACAAAGUGCUAAUACCAAUUCGGGAUUUGCGGAUCCAAUACUUAAGAAUCACUUAAUGCAAUAUGUUAAUAAUGGGGUAUCUGUCGAAGCAGAAAUCGGUCAACGAAUUUUAACUGCUAUGAAAAAGAAAGUUGGCCCACAAUGGCUCUUAGCUACUUUAUCCAGUUUGUAUUGGCGAGUACGAUCGAAUAAACGCAACGCAUUGGAUUGCUUAAAAGUUGCGUUAACAAAAACACCAUUAGAGUAUCGUGAUGUAGCGUUAAUAUCAUUAGCAUCAAUUAUGUAUGAAUUAGGUUUUGUCGAAGAAGCUUCACGCAUAGCUGAUGAAGCAUAUAUAAUAAAUAAAAUUGAACCAGCUACAAAUUUCCUUAUAGCCUUGUUACAUGAAAAUAGUUUUGGAGCAAUGUAUCAUAUAAAACACUCAUUAAAAGUUGAUCCUGGAUAUCGGAAUGGUGACGCUGAAUUACUUUUAAAAGCUAUGGCGUGUAAUUAUAAAUUGUCGAAUUUAGAGGAAUCUACUUCAGCUGUACAAAAUAAAGAUCAAAUCUGCUCCUCGGAUAAAGAACGUAGUGUUUCCAGUGAAGGUGUUGUAUGCUCGGCAAACGGUGAACAAUGUAAAACUGCAUCGAUACAAUGCUAUCGUGCGGAACGUUUUGCUGAAGAUGAUAGUCUGAUGUCAUUUGAACCAGUACCAAUUUCUAAUUUACUUGAAAAAAAUGAGAAUUGUAAUCAUAAUGAUCCCAAAAAAGGAAUUCGAUCAUUAUAUUCGUCGUUGGUUAGAGCGUACACAAAGAAUGAUGAAAUAGUAGAAGGGUCGGGUAAUGUUGAACCGGAUCAAUCACAGUUAGAAACUAUGGAUGAAGUUUAUAAAAAAGCGAUACAUAUGAAAAUGGCGUUAGAUGAACGUCAUGAGAAAUCAUCUGGUAGCAACUCAGUUAACGAUUUUUAUGUUUCACUGACAGAUGAACCAUCACCAAAAGUAUUACUCCAUGUAUACGACAAAUCGGGAACAUAUCAGUUAUCACCAGCUGCAUGCAAGGAAAUACGUGAUGCUGAUUGGAUAAGUUUUACGUCAAUGUGGUGGCAUUCAGUAGCAGCUAGAAAUAUUGAUAUUGGGCCCUUAUUGAAACCAUUACCAAAUAAAGUGACGGAACCAUUAGUUCCAUUUUGUGAUAAAACUUCGCCAACUGUUCCACAAGUUGCUGAACAUAUUCCAAUCAUACCUAGGAAUAAAUUUAUGCAUGCACCAGAACCAAGAUUAUCUGAUUGGUUAGCUUUAAUGACUGGUGAUGGAAAAUCCUCCAUCAGAGAUUUAGGAACUCGAAUAGCAAUUGCUUUAAGAGAGAAUACGACGUCAUGGAUGUUGGCUACUGCAGCAGCAAUUUAUUGGCGAGUUUUAGGUAAUACAGCUCAAGCUAUCACUUGUUUAAAACAUGCAUUACAUGUGGCCCCAGAUAACGACAAAGACAUACCAAUGAUCAAUUUGGCGAAUGUCCUACAACGAAUUGGGUUUUUGAGUGAUGCUUUAGAGGUAGCAAAAAUGGCGUUGGAAAUUCAUCCAGAUUAUGUCGUUAAUCAAUUUACAAUUGGAAAUAUUCAUACGGCAUUGGGUGAUUUUGAAAAAGCCAUAUCAUUUUAUCGAACAUCGUUAACGUUGGAUCCAAAUUUUGAUGCAGCAAGAAAUCGAUUACAAGCUAUUUUAUGUACAUUAUUAUUCGAUGAAUCCGGUUCAUUAAAAGAUGCUGCCGAUAUUUAUAGAGAAAAUUAAACAUAAAUUGUUUAUUUUAAAGGCUGAUUUAAUUAUUUAAUUUUAGAAAAUUAUAAUACAAUAAUCCCUGUGAAUGAUGUGAUUUGUUCGAUGGUCAAAGUAGAUUGGUGAUAUCGAAUUGAGUUAACAUGGAAAACAUGAUUUAUAUUCUAAAUGUUUCAUUAAAAAAUAAAACAAAUUUUAAAAGGGAAAGCGGGACUGCCUAUAUUAUAUAAAUUACGAAAGUCGUGCUGUUAUUGCAUAUGAUAAAAGGGUUUAUGAAAAAUUGUAAAGAUGGGACAUCUA